CUCCAUUCUUGUCUUGUCGCUACUGUCAGCAUGGAGUCCUUGAGCGAUGAGAUUUGGGAUGUGGUCAUUGCAGGGACCAGUAUCCCUCAGUCUCUUCUAGCAUUUGUGCGUUGAUAGGUCGCUCUCUCGCUCCGGCAAGAAAGUCCUUCAUGUCGAUCGCCAUACAUAUUACGGAGGUCGUGAUGCCUCUCUGAGCCUUCAAGAGGCGGAAACGUGGAUGGAAGAUCUGGACAAGUUUCCAAACAGUGUCUUUAAUAAUGCCUCCAUCUCAAGACCAAUCUCUGAAAGCGCAGAGUCAUCAGCUCUGAAAUCUUCUCGGUCAUAUACCCUGAGCCUGAAUCCCCAGAUUGUCUACGCCCAGUCCAAGAUACUCCCAUCCCUAGUUUCUUCACGGAUACAUACGCAGUUGGAAUUCCUUGCCGUGGGAUCAUGGUGGGUGCAUCGAGCUGGGUCUCUGCACAAGAUCCCAAGUACGCGAGAGGAUGUCUUCAAUGACGAGUCUCUGUCCAUGAAGGAUAAACGCGGCUUGAUGAAAUUCUUACGCUUUGUGCUACAGGAGGAAGAGGGCGAAUCCAACAUCAUGUCUGAAGAUGACAAGAAUUUGACUCUUCAAUCUGCACUAAAUACCAAGUUCAAAGUCCCGGCAACUCUGCAAGCCCCGUUGCUGGCUCUCGCCCUUUCGCCGGUACCUGCGAGCCACAUACCUUUCAACCUUGCUGUGUCAAGGAUCAGAAAGCACAUGAGAUCGAUGGGCUAUUUCGGCCCUGGCUUCGGUGCCGUCAUCGCAAAAUAUGGCGGGAAUUCGGAAAUUUCACAAGUGGCCUGUAGAGCUGGAGCUGUCGGUGGCGGCGUGUAUCUCUUGGGACACGACUUAACCUCACUGGCCGUCGGGGAACCCGACACUUCUGGCGAUGUUUUGUUAGAAGGCACUCUUUCGAACUCAACGAAAAUCAAGGCUCGAUUUGUUGCUGGAUCAUGCGAAACCCUUCCGUCCUUUGCAAGGAGCACACAAUCAACCGAGCCGACUGAGAAGACCUUCAGGUCGAUCAAUAUUGUCAACAACUCUUUUCGAAACCUUUUCCCGCAAACCUCGGACAACGGACCGCUUCCUGCUGCUGCCAUUGUACUGGUAGAUGAUGGUGACCAACUAGGGGUAGGCUCCGAAAAGAGCCCGGUCUAUCUUCAGAUUCACUCUGAAGAUACAGGAGAAUGUCCACCAGGCCAAUGCAUAGUUUACGCAUCAGUGCGCGUUGAAGGGGAUGAGACUUUCUCAAAACGCCGACUCGAAUCAGCUAUUCAGUCGUUGCUCGACACAGAAGACGCGUCAGGAACCCUCUUGUGGACCCUGUCGUAUGUGCUUUCCGGAUUGGCCACCACUUCAGACCAGGCACCUUCUUUGCUAAGACCCUCGUCUUCAGUUAUGAUCUUUCCGCCCGAUAGCCAAGACAUUGCAUUUUCCGACAAUGUCCUUGAUGUCGUGAAGGGCGCUUGGCAGUCGGUUGAGGGACCGCAAGCCGAUGACGCCUCAUUCUUGCGCUUCGAAGAGCGAGAGAAUGAAGAUGAAGAGUAGACUACUAGCAUGCUUGACUGCAUCGGUAGCAGAUGUCAGUGCAAUGCAUCCAAGCCUUUAUAUUCUCGCUCCGGAACUCCACUCCUGAACCCCACUCCUGGUCUUGGACCGUUUCAGCGUUCAGGUUGAUGGUCUGGUAGUUCACCUCUACAUUGGGCAGCUACAUAAUGUGUCAAGAUCUAUCGCUGCUUGACGACACUACUUUUCAUUGCCGUGUCGACACUGCCAAUCUAUGCCGAAGGCCGACGCCAGAGCUGCCCGGUUCCAAACGUGGCAGAUUGGCUUCUGCUGCAGGCGGAGACAUACCUAUGCCGCGUAACGAGACCAAAGGACUCAUCGACUUUGUCAGGAUACUGCUGCUUAUGAGGAAUCUACUCAAAGUGUCACGGCGUCGACAGCCAGGCCACGCCGUUCCCGUAGGAGAAUAUGCCGACUCCAUGAUAUCAUUUUCGGCGGCAUACCUUGAACGAGAUAGGGAGCAAUGUCGAACAUUCACUUCGUUGGCAUCAUGCCAAUUGCUAAUACAGUAGAGCCCGCGUGGCAAUUUUCUUCUGCGCUAAUGAUUCCUGCCAUGAGCUACAUAGUUACAGAUGAAGCAGGGCGUCAGUCAAUGAAGUUUUGUUCUGUGAAGGGUCCGUAAUUGGAGGAUGUUCUUUUACUUCACUACCACCUGUUUCCGCCCAGUGGUCAGAUGAAAGCUUGCACAAUGAAUAGAACUGCCUAGAUAU